CCAGCGCGAGUUCCUCAAAUGUUUUCCUGCGCUGCCAGCACCGUCCGCCGCUCUGAGUCAUGUGGGAAGUCGCGCUGACACCGAGCCGGGCCGCAGGGUGCCGCGCCGGGCCGAGGGACUCGCGGGGUGCGCCGCGCGCCCGCCUCCCGGGGAUGGCGGCUGCCUUCGGGGCCCGAGCCCGCCUUGCCCUGGCCGCCCGGGUCACCAGCCGAGGAGGAAGCAAGCUGGCCGUCCGCUGCGCGCUGCUGGCCGCCCUGCUGGCGGCGGGGGCCGCGGCACUGGCCCCGGCGGGCUGCCCCGCGCUGGAGGUGGCGAGCGACGUGGUCAGGAGCCAGCCAGGGGCCAGCGUCACCCUGACCUGUCCAGGUGAGGAACCGGUAGACAAUGCCAGCGUGCAGUGGACGCUCGAGGGUCCACCGGAGACCUCACACCGUGGCCUGUGGGUUGGCAUGGGAAGGAGGCUGCUGCUGAGGUCGGUGCAGUUCGGCGACUCUGGAAACUACUCGUGCUACCUGAACGGCCGUCCCGUCGGCUCUGUGCGCCUGCUGGUGGACGUUCCCCCCGAGGAGCCCCGGCUCUCCUGCUUCCGGAGGAGCCUCAUCAGCCCUGUGACUUGUGAGUGGAGUCCUCAGAGGCCGCCGUCCCCGACGACCAAGGCUGUGCUGGUGGUGAAGAAGUUCCUGAACGGCCCGGCAAACGACUUCCAAGAGCCGUGCCAGUAUUCUCACCACUCCCAGAAGUUCUCCUGCCAGCUGGCCAUCACAGAGACAGACAGGUCUUCCCACAUCGUGUCCCUGUGCGUGGCCAACACUGUGGGCAGCAAGUCCAGCCGAGGGGAGGUCUUCGACGGCUAUGAGAUCUUGCAGCCCGACCCGCCAGCCAACAUCACGGUCACCGCCAUGGUCGGAAAGCCUCGCUGGCUCCAUGUCACCUGGCAAGACCCCGGCUCCUGGAACUCGUAUUUCUACAGGCUGCGGUUCGAGCUCCGGUACCGGGCUGAGCAGUCGCAGGACUUCACAUCAUGGACGGUGGAAGGCCGGAGUCACCGCGUCACCCGCCUGGGGGCCCAGGGCCUCCAGCACCAUAGCAUCAUCCAUGACGCCUGGAAGGGCACGAGGCAUGUCGUGCAGCUCCGGGCCCAAGAGGAGUUUGGGCACGGCUCCUGGAGUAUGUGGAGCGCCGAGGUCCUGGGCACCCCUUGGACAGGUACGGCGGCGGCGGCGGCGGCAGAGGAAGAGCCCAAGAGCCCUCCGGCCCCGUCCCCCCCCACGCAGGCAUCCACUGCUACCUAUGGCAGCACUGCUCCCUCCAGAGGUUCUACGAACACAACCAGCCUCCCAGAAGAUGAUUCCUCCCCAGUCCCACUGUCCACGUUCCUGGUGGCUGGAGGGAGCCUGGCGUUUGGGGCGCUGCUCGGCACUGGCAUUGUCCUGAGGUUCAGGAAGACGUGGAAGCUGCGAGCUCUGAAGGAAGGCAAGGCGGGCAUGCACCCGCCCUACGCACUGGGGCAGCUGGUCCCCGAGAGGCCCAGGCCCGUCACCGCACUGGCGCCCCUCAUCUCCCCGCCCGUGUCCCCCAGCAGCCUCGGCUCUGACAACGCCUCAGGUCCCAGCCACCCAGACGCCAGCUGCCCGCGGAGCCCUUAUGAUGUCAGCAACAAAGAAUACUUCUUCCCCAGAUAGCUGUGGGGGGUGCCCGAGGUGACGGAGCACAGCCCCUUCCCCGCUGGCCUGCUGUCCGGCCCGUCCGGCCCAUCCAGCCCGUCCGGCUCGUCUCAGGGGCUCCACAUUACAGAGUUGCCUGCCCAAGGCGCUGCACUGGCGAACAUCCACUUACCACAUCUGCCGAGCAGGAAGGGCUGGCGGAGUUUGCACGCCAUCUUUUCCAAACGCAUUGCUGCACGGCGAGGGGCUGGGGCGAGCUCGGGCCACGCUGGAGACAGCCUGUCUUGGACACUGGGCGGGGAGGGGCUGCUGGCCGCCCCCGGUGCCCAGUACAUCUCUGCUGUUGGACGAACGGAGAUGGACCUGCGGCCAGAGCUCCCUCUCUCAGCCUCGGGGCUCCCGGCUCAAGCUCUUGAAGCCCACAAGCCUUUGCGGUGCAAGGAUAGCUUUCCCUUAGGCCUCCCCAGCUGGGAGAAGACUUUCUCUCCACUCUUUGUCCCCUGCACUUGACAAACAGCGGGCAGGGGCGCGGGGGUGGCCAGAACUAUCUCAGGGCCUCCUGCUUUUUAAAGGGAAUGACAGUUUCUGCUCAAUGUGAAAGAUAAUCCCAGGCAUCUUCGGGAGACAGAAGCAGCUGCCCGGGUUUGAUCUCCCUCAGGAUCUCAGGACUUCGGGGUCGCCAUGGUCCCCUGUGGCAGCGAGGCCACAGCAGCCUCAGGAAAGGCCUGUUCUCAGUCCCCUGCCCCCGGAAGGAGAGUGGCCCAGGGCGGGCUCCGUCCAGGGCUGGGGCAGAGCUGUUCUUCCUGUAGCUUCCUUUACUCGGUCCUGACGGGGCCUGCGUCCGGUGGGGAAGGCAGUGUUCACGGGCAAGGAAAAUGUAUCCCGGCAAGAAGGUAUCUACUGUGCUUUUUCAAAAACUGCAGCUGAUUUCCUCCGGCCGGGUCGGAGACCCAGGACCAGCCGAGGGUGCACAGGCACAUGGCAAGGCGGGGAGAUUGCCCUCCGCUCGUGAGCACAGAGCCGAGGCAGGCGAGGAGGGAGGACAAACAUUCUCCCUUCUCUGAGAAAGGUCUGGUUUCCUCCUGCAGUCUGUGUUUGUCUUACAGAGUGGAAAACCGCCAGCUUCGAAGGGUGCUUGCGACGGCUCCCCGGGGCGGCCACCGAGGGGCCAGGGGCCUGGCACAGGCCUCCCACGCCCCACAGGCAGGGCCCCAGGAACUCCCCACCCCCGCACGGGGCACACGGGAGGGCCAUUAAGAAAGCCCCUUCCUGCGGUGCCUUCCUCUUCGUUAUUGGCUCCUUGGGUUAGCUUCGGCCCAGCUCAUCCUGGGGCAGGGACUGUCCGCUGGGCUGCCGCUUCAUCCAGGCUCUGGGAGCUGUGAUUCACGGGAGCCACGCCACCUCGGGCCCCAAGUUUAGCAGACCACCAGAGUUUUCCAGCAGUCAAAAAACAGCCCUUACGGCCAGACAGGUGGCUGUGCUCCUGUCACGGUGACAGGCUCCAGCCGUGGCUGCCUGGAGCAAGCCAUGAUUCCCAUCAUCGAUGUGGUCUGUCCGUUUUAGACCCCAGUGCUGCCACGGGCAAUACAAGCCAGGCAGGUGUUUAUGGGGGGUUUUAUUUGUUUUGGGGGGUUUGUUCACCCCUUCAGAGCUUCUGGGGCCCGAGAACAACCAAGCAUGCUGGGAAAGGGAAAUAGUACGCAGUGCAGUCCCAGGAGGGCUCUUAAGUUCUCCACCCCGUUUUACCCACGUGUGGUGUUCGGGAGCUGGCGAAGAUGUGAAAUGCAGAUAACUCGCUCUCGGAGAGCGAGGCAGCUCCCUCUCCAGGUAGCUAUCGCUUUCAUUAUUAUUGUUAACGAAACUGCUCGCUUUUUUUUCUCUCUCUUGUUUUGAAGAGGGUUUUUUCCCCUUUAUUUUUCAUAAGCUAGUGUCAAUGAAGGAAGAGCAGCUGUUUUCUCUGGGCCGCAGCUCUUGCUCAGCGUUCACAGGAAGACACCAGCAGCUUUCUCCGUCCUCAGCUCCUGGCGUGGCCGAAUGUGUGUGGCCAUCUGGGGCUCGCUCGGACCUGUCCGUACAGCCCCCGGAGCACAGCUGCCUCUCACCUGACGCCCAGAGCCCUCAGCCACGUGGUCAGGUGCACAAUGCUGAGCCAGAGACCCUGUGGGUCAGGGGUGGGGAACGUCUGGCCGAAUCACUUGGUCUGGCCCUGCCAGGGACACCGUAGGCGGGACUUGAAACUCAGUACCUGCACAGCAGGUUCAUUUUUAUGUCGAUCAUUUUGUGUGGCCCACAGCUGCUGUUAUCAAUAGCCAAUGGCCCUUGGAAGAAAGAAGGUCCCCUUUGUGUGGCUCCUGCUAGAAGAAGCAACAACUUACGCUGACUCGAGGUUUCAGUGACAGGGAGCAUUAAUUCUGGUAGCAUUAAUGCAAGGUUGAAAUCAGAUUUCCAGGGAGAGGGCUCUGCUGUGGUGGAGCCCUGCCGGUGUGCUGUGUUGGCCACGCUCUGAGCUCACUCAGUCCUGCUGUCUGGAGAAAGGAAACGGGCGGACAAGGCAUGGGACCGCUGCUGGAGCUGGGUUGGGUGCCCCCCCUGGUGGUGAGCAUGGCAGGCAGGCAGCGGCCACCACGUGUGCAUCUCCCAAAGGAAGCUCAGGGCCAGCGUGUGUGGCCACUUUGGUACUAACCUGUAGCAUCUCAUUGCCGGCCCUUAAGGCUGACACCCAGCUCUGGGUCUGUCUGAAUGUGCAGAGGGAGGGGCAACCCAUGAUGCUCCGGGGCAGAAGCCCCACACCCAGCUUUUUCAUGUAGCAGCUGGCAAUAGGGCUGCUGAUGUCAGGGCAAGCCAGCAGACUCAGGGGCCGUGCCCACCACCCGCUCCCGAGUGCCCCCCGCCGUGUGUGUGUGUGUGUGUGCCUUCCAUGUGGGGGGGUGCCAAGUCCAGGAAGUUUCUAUGGCAAUGGAAUGGUUAUUGAAGAACAUGGCCAGGUUUAAGAACAUAUGCUCAGACGGAGAAGCAAUGGAGUGCGACGCAAAGCUGUUAGUGGAGAGAGAGCGCGCGCUCGCCUGUUCAAUGGAAUACCUCAACUCUGCCUUGUCUUUUGGAGAGAAAUAAUAGUUUUAAGGUUUUUUUUUUUUUUUUUUAAUUACCUGAAAGCAAAUACCAAAGACGGAUGUCUGUUUGGGGUGAAGGGUCAGUAUAUAGUUUUCUUAUUUUUUUAUCAGCUAUUUUGCAUUUAAAGUGAAA